AUGUUGUCAAGUAUUUCAGCUGAUACAGUCGAGGAAAUCAUCUCUUUCAUUUUGGAAAAUUUUAAUGACGAUUAUGAAACUCCAUAUAGACUUCUUCUGUAUUUCUCAAGUAUAAGACCCAAAAAUAUAGCAGAUCUUGUUAAGAUAUGGCGUGAAAUCUACAAACAAACAAAAAUCACUUUAUCGAUUAUACCAAUUACAUUAGAGAAUGUAUAUUUCGCUGAUAUUCUGUACCAUUCAGGUGUUUACAGUACAGAACAAGUCGAACAUAAUGCUCCAUAUGAAAAAAUCGAUUAUCGAACUUAUUUGUCAACAUUUUCCAAACCUCCUUUCAAAAAAUCACUUAAGUUAUCGAAUCUACUCAAACUUUAUCCAGAAAAAUCGAUUUUAUACAUUCUGAAGAACGAUGACGUUGAUUCUCUUAAUAAUAUGACAUUGAAUCAGAAUUUCUCAAUAGACAUGACAGUUAAGCCAUCAGUGUUUGAUGGAUAUACCGAUGACAACGAAAUUUCAUUACUUGAAGCUGCAGCAUUUUAUGGAUCUGAAAAUUGCUUCAAAUACCUCUUAUUCAACUCGCCAAACAACAAUCUUAGUAACAGUGGCAAACAUUGCCUGUUCGGAGGUAAUUUCGAAAUAAUUCGACUCGCAAAUCAAAACGGAUGUACUUUUACAGACUGUCUACCAUUGGGAAUCAAAUAUCAUAGGAAUGAGAUUUGUUCUUGGUUGAUGGAAAACUGUUCUCAGUGCGGAAAAUUCACAUUUCUUGACGCAUUUGCUGCUUUUAAUACGACAGCAGUUGUAUAUCUCAAUGAACAGAUUAGUGAAGCAGCUAUCUUUAAAUGUUGCUCAUAUGCCUAUUUUCCUGCUUUUUUGUCGAUUAUCAAAAGAGCAGAAAAUUCGGUGCUCGAUAGUAACUCAAUUUACAAAUAUCUCGAAAUGGGAUGCCUUGCCGGUUCUCUGCCUAUCGUAUCGUAUAUUUUUGAUAAUUUUAAUGUCGAUGUUAAUAGAUGCGGAAAAGGUAAAGAUUUUCCAUCGCUUCAUAACGCUUGCCACGGAGGAUCUUUAGCAGUAGUUAAGUAUCUGGUAGAAAAAGGAGCAGACGUCAAUCUACAGAACGAUUUUAAAGAAAUCCCUUUGUUUUAUGCAUGUUACUAUGGAAGAUAUGAUUGCGCAGAAUUCCUUUUGGAUCAUGGAUCAACAAUCCCUGAAUCUAUUAUGAGGGUGCCAAAGACAGAUUUCUUAGUUGAUCUGAUAAGUCUGAAAAGGAAAAAGUGA